GGGGACUUGACAAAAAAAAGAUGGGGAAAACAGAAGAGUGGCACGUAUUUGGGGGAAAUGUGUAUAGCUGUCGCAGAUGAAUCAGCUGUCAAUUUUCCAUUUGUAUGAAAAAGUACAUACACACACAUAAACAUAAUAUUCUCCAUUCCAACAACAACACAGAAAAAGCAAGUGAGUUUAGUUAGUUCCACCAACUUCCAAGCUCAAACAUGGAAUGCAAGACUAUGGUUCCAUCACUGUCAGAUACAAAACUCACCACUGUUGUUCUCUCCAACGGGAAACACUACUCUUCUCCUGAUGACCUAGAGACCUUCUACAUCAAACUCACUGACUUGUUAGACGACUCUGGGUUUACUCUCAUUUUCAAUGCCCGAGAAACAUCCUUAGACCUGUACCUGUUUUACUUGGAGGUCACUAGAAGAGGAGGUUAUCACCAGGUUGGUCAACAAAAGAAAUGGGGUGAAGUUGUUUCAGCACUAAAACUGGAAGGCAACAACGUCAAGUUAUGUACUCAAGUUGAAAAGCUCUAUGCACUUCUUUUAUACAAAUUCGAGAAAUUGUACUUUUACAGGUUUCCUGCAACUCAAGCUGCAACUAGCAGCACCAAAGUUAAAAGUAAGGAGAACUCGGCCACUAGUUUAUCUCAAUUAAUGGAUGAUGGAGAUUAUCUGACGGCGGCAAGGCUGUCCAAGGACUACCCUAUCAAAAAAUUGCCAGCAUUACCUCCUGUUACUCAUCCGGAAAUACCCCCUCCGGUGGUUCUACAAACACCCUCAAAAGACAAAGAAACGAAGAAACGGCGAGGUGCUCCAACGGGGAGAAGUGGAUAUCAAAUAUUUCUCAAGCAAGAAUGUGCUCGAUUAAAAGCUUGUUGUCCAGACAUAGAUGGGAAAACAGUCCUACGCACGGCUGUUGAAGCGUGGAACAAGAUGUCUGACAAUGAUAAGCAGCCAUAUGUGGAAGAAAGCAAGAAGAUAAAGGAACAAAAUAAGCAAGCAAAUAUGAUCAUUGGCAAUAACCAGAAGGAACAAAAUAAGGAAGCAAUGAUCAUUGACAAUAAGAAGAAGAAGAAGAAGAAUAGCACUGAAGAUCUUAAAAGCGACGAGAAGAGGCCUAAUGUGUCUAGUGACCACUACUGUGUAACUUCGCAACCUCUACCAAAUCACUCUUUUGUCAACAAUCCAGCAGUAGACUUGGCUCUUAACAUGACAGAAAAAACAUCUAAGGAUCCCAUCUUCCCGGUUGAUUUGGAUGCUUAUCGUUCCGUAGAUUUGCCAUAUGAGGUUUUUAUGUAACUAUACUAGUUGUGGGGUGGAUCAUAUUUUGGUUUUUGAGGCAAAGUUCUUGCUGAUGUAUCCACCGGCUUUCCCUUUUUGUGACUCAAACCAAGCUAACAUGUUUUGUAUUUUAUGGUUUUGAAACUGCAGCAACCAAGUUUUGAUGAAUAGUUAGCAAUGUUUGCACUAGUGAAGUAUGUAUAUAAACUAUAUAUAUAACUGUAAAGACUUGUGUUGUAAUGCAAAAUGGCUGCCAAUUUCCUAUUAAGAAAACUAUC